AUGGCUAAGCGCCAGGCAACUGAACAAAUCACAAGAGAUGAUUUUAAUGAAAAUCUACAAGAACAUGAAGAAGCCAAUGGCCGUCCGAUUAAAGCAUCAUCUCAAGUUCUCUCAAGUAGGAAGAUUUUAAAACCCAGGAGCAAAUUAGGUGGGGAUCAAAAUGGGUUUGCUUCUACUCCAUUCAAAGUACAGCAAAGCUCGUUUAAUUUUGCUCAACCCUCCAAACCAACAAAUGAAAAAGACAAUAAAAUCAAAGCAUUAAAUGAUAAUUUCAUACAAAAAAUUAAUGAACUAAAUAAAUCAAAUACAAUAACAAACUUUACCAAAAUUGCUGAAAAAUAUAUUGCAUAUUUUAAAGAGAUAGAAAACUCGGAUACAACAAAAUCACAAAAAUCACAAUCACUACCUCCACCAAAAAUAGAACAAAUUGAUGAAAUUCAAGAUGCAAAAUCAGACGUAGAAAGUGAGGAAGAGAAAAAACAAGUUAAAAUCCAAGGUCCUACAUUCAGCUUUAAUAAUUCAUCAACCGUCACUAAAUCCCCAUUUACAUUUGAUCCUAAAAAGAUUGCGAAAAUAAAUGCACCAGAUUCUGAUGAAUCUGAAGAUGAGGUUCAAAUUAAAGGACCUACUUUUCAAUUUAAUAAGGAAAUAAAAGAUAAUGUAUUCAAGCUCCCCACCAAUUCAACAAGUACUUCUUUUUUCAAACCUUCUACAACUGAACCACAAGCUAGUCAAGUAAAUAACACAUCUACAACUUUCAAAUUUGGAGCUGGGACUGACCAGAACUCGCAAGAACCAUCUAAGUCACCUUUCUCAUUCACCUCAACUUCAAAACAAACGGACCCAGAAAAACCAGUAUCAUUUGGAUCAACCAACAGUAAUUCUGCCUUUUCUUUUGGAACUUCCCAACCGACUGAUUCCAGUAAAUCUGUAUUUUCAUUUUCAAAACCAAGCACUGGAUCAAGCGAAACAAGUAAAGCAUUUUCAUUUAUAUCACCUGACGCUACCGCAAAAAAAGAAGAUGCAGUCAAAUCAAGUGGUUUUUCAUUUCCUAAACCAACAGAACAAAAUAAUGCUUUUUCUUUUGGAGAAACUAAAAAAUCUGUCGACGCAGGAUCAUCAACAGAAACAAGUAAGGACUUUUCAUUCAAGCCUGCCGAAUCAAAUAAACCAUUUUCUUUCGGAGCAACUAGUCAACCUUCAGAGAAAGCUUUUUCAUUUGGAGCUAAAAGUACUUCCGCAAACAAAGACACUGAAUCUAACAACACACCUUCCAAUCAAUCUGAAUCAACUAAACCUUCAACUUUCACAUUCCCUAAAUUUAACGAAUCUGGACAAAAGGAUUCAACUGACAAACCUUCAUCAUUAUUUGGAGCAAAACCUUCUUCAAAUUUUUCAUUCACUCCGGCAUCAUCAACUACAACCAACUCUGCGUUCAGUUUUACUAGUUCUAAUACUAAUACCACUUCAGCAUUCAAUUUCAAACCCUCAUCCAAUACUCUAGCAUCAAAUUCAAAUCCAUUUGGAGGUAUAAACAACAACAAAGAAAAUCAAAACACAGAAGAAUCAGUUGAAGAACAUGAAGUCGAUACAAAUUUCACUCCUAUAACACAAAUGAAUGAGAAACAAGACACUCCAUCUGGUGAAGAAAAUGAAGAAACAAAAUAUACAAUAAGAGCUAAAUUAAUGGAAUUUAACGCAUCGGAUUCAACAAAUCCUUAUGUGAAUAAAGGUUUAGGUGAUUUAAAAAUACUACAUAAUAAAAUCACUGGGAAAUCAAGAAUUUUAAUAAGAGCUGAAGGAAGUAUGAGAGUUUUAUUAAAUACAUUAAUCUCAAAGGAUAUAUCUUAUGAUUCAAUAGGCAACGGAAAUUUGAUAAGAGUUCCAGUAUUUGAAAAUAAUAAAGUUGUAACUUACAUAAUUAAAGUCAAAACAGCAGAUGAUGGAAAAAUUUUAUUACAUACAAUUAAUGAAUCUAAAUAA